CGCAGUACACUAGUGACGCCGCCGCCGUCAUACAUUUCGUUACAUUCCACAACUAACUGUGGCAGGUUUCAUACUGACAUUAGUUACACGCACAUACCAAGUAGUGGCAAGCAGUUCAACUCACGGUUCAAUCGCUGUGUUCAACUGGUUCAACAAUACGAAUUUCCGACAGGUGGCACUUAGAGUGGGUUUCUUUUGUAUUAUUUAUUAAGUUUUCACAAGCAUGAUGGCGACUAUUUUCACUGGCAUACAGUUUACCUGUUGACAACCGCCAUCACUUUGGCGUGAAAUGUUAUGUGUUUAAAUAAUUUUCAUCGUGUGGGGUUUUGCAAAUGAAAACAAUAAUAUUAUUCGGUUAACCAUUGAUUCUAAAAACUGAACUUUUAAUAGAAAAUUAGAAGUGUAAAGCGAUGUAGCCCUUAAUACACCUUCGUAAUUUUAAUUAAAAAAAUCACUUCUACUCUUGAAGAUGCACAUUUGUUAUUGAACAAAUCUCAUCCACUUAAAUGCUGCUUGUGGUUAAACUUAAAACUUUAAAGGUUUCGGGUGUUGUGAACGUGGGGUAAUGUAAUGGGACGAAUGAUCACGACGUGCGGUCACCUAGAGGGUUUACUUCUUAUUAUUGCUGGUAAAAUACUCCCAUAGCGGAGAAUGGCAGUGCGAGUGACCCUGGAAUGCGGCCACACGUCGGUAUUACGUUCAAGAACUACCCCCGAGGGUUAUACCCACGAUUGGGAAGUAUUCUUAAGAGGAGUCGACAACGCUGACGUUCAUCACUACAUCGAGAAAGUAGUGUUUAUUCUCCACAGCACCUUUCCUAAGCCAAAACGAAUCAUCAAAGAGCCACCAUACGCAGUGCGCGAAUCAGGAUACGCUGGUUUUGUUAUUCCGAUUCAGGUCUAUCUUAAAAACAAGGAUGAACCAAAGAAAAUUGAAAUAUCAUAUGACCUCAACUUACAACCGAGUGGUCCAGCUAUCAAUAAGGUCAUUCGUCACGAUGAGCUCAUCUCCAACCCAUCCAAUGAUUUUCGGAGAAAGCUACUGAAAGGAGGAGCUACCAUUGUAUCAGGCUUGGAAGGUACAUUGGAUAAAGGAGAACCUCAAGCGACUGUUCCAAUGAUUGGAAAACCAAAGCUGAGUGGAUCCGAUGGGAAAAAACAUCGUCCCCCAGAGCCGAAAAUCUCGAAUUCCUUCCAGGAUUUAUUUGGAGAGCCAAUCAAAACGGCAAAAGUUUCUCCAGACAAUAAAAAAAAUUUGCUAAUGGAUAAAGGAAUAAACAUCAAACCAACGGUUUAUACAGAGAAAAUUGAAAAAGCAGAAAAAACUUCAAAAGUAAAACAUAGUCCUUAUAAAGAAGGAAAAAAAGACAAGAGUACAGAAGAGAAGAAAGGCGAUAAAAAAGAUAAAGACCAUUCUAGAGAAAGAGAACGGAGUAAGGAAAAGUCUAAGAGACCACAGAGUCCUGCAAUAAAAAGUAGUCACUCUAGUCCUGGUAAUAAAAGAGUUUCUUCUCCACUUCCACCCAAGAAACCUCCAAGUCCUCCAUUACCUCCACCACCAAAGCGACCUCUUUCUCCAAAAUCAAAGGAUAGAGAAGGAAAAAAACUUUCGCAUGAGAGGGAAAAGGACAAAGAGAAAGAUAAGGAAAAGGAUAAGUCAUCUAAGGUUUCUUUGGAUGGAAAUGGUAAAAGUGAAAAAAAGAAGGAACAGAAGAAGCAUAAAGAAGACAGGGAUAAAGAAAAAAAGGACAAGCACAAGGAGAGAGAUAGAGACAAGUCCAAAGAGAAUACAAAGUAUACUGAUAAAAUAGAGAAAUCCGAAAUGAAACAGGAGAAAACAGAGAGAAUAGACAAGGUUGAAAAGCAGGUGGAAAAGCAGGAGAAAGUGGAAAAGGAGAAAAGCCAAGAGACGAAGAUAUCGAAAGAUGUUAGGAAGUCUCCAAAGCCUUGUAAAGAAGUUGAAAAGCCAAAGGAAGAUAGGGCGAUAAAAAUCGAGAAGCCAGAAAAAGUGGAGAAGGCAGAAAAAAGUAAGGAUGGAAAAGCUGAUAAAGAAAAACAGAAACAUAAGCAUAAGAAACGAGACAAAAAGGACAGAGGAGAUGGAAGCAAGGAAAGAGAGAAAAAAGAUAAGAAGGACAGAUCUAAAAGUGGCGGAGGGGAAAAACACAAUAACAUCAGUAUUCCACCACCCCUUAAUCCCUUGUCUACCCUCAUAGCUGAAAUGACGGAAAGGGAUAGCAGCGACUCGACACCUUCACCUGAUGACGAUGCUCAUUCUGACACAAAACAAGUUGUUAUGAAGAAAGAUUCUCCGCCAACGCCCCCGCCACCAACUGAGCAACCUAGACUUGCGUCUCCACCUCCACCGGCAGCAAAGAAAGAGAAGACUGAAAAAACGAAAAAAGAAAAGUCAAGAGGAAGUAGGGGUGAAGAAAGAGAAAGUAGAAAACGGAAGAAAAGAAGUAACAGCAAAGGGGAUGACGAGCCAGCUGAAAAGGAGCCAAAGAAAGAAAAGGAAAAAGCACGCUCUCCCUCACUGCCACUUGAGCCUGUUUCUUCCAGUCAAUCUCCUGUGGUCAUGGACACGGAAUCAAUGCAAUUGUCAAAAGCUAAAGGUGAGGAUGGUGAAGAAGAGAAUGCUAAGGAUGAAGAGGGCGAAGUGGAACAAGUUGCUCCUGAUUCUACAAAUAAUAUAUUGGCAGAAGUAGAUGCUGUUGACCCCCCUGUAUUCUCAGAAGCUUAUCUGUCACAGCUAAAGGAUCUGCAGCAAAAAAUAAUGACGCUACAGGACAACCAGGAACUACAAAGGGUGGUUCAGGUAAUUGCAGAGACGGGACAAUACGAAAUCACCAAGAAGACUUUCGACUUUGACCUCUGUGCUCUCGAUCGGAGAACCGUGCAACGAUUGCAAAAAUUUUUUUCCACAUCCUGACCGUCUAUUUCCUAAUUGAUUUACAUCUUCACUUCAAUUACAUACUAUUCAACACUUUGUACACAAGGCCAUAUGUUCAGCAACAAGUAAAUGACCCUGUAGAUUGCACUUUGUGAUUUUGUCUCACCCAAGCAGAACAUUAUUUUGUUGAGUAAUAAUAGUAAUUUUAUCAGUAUAACAUAAUUGUCGUUCGAUUUACCUGCAUUUAUUUCCUGAAUAUGCAAAACUGAAGUUUGAUUAAACAGUAAGCUGCUUUGGUGUUGGAAAAUGAAAACCUGAGUAUGUCUAUUGAAAAAGUACGUAAGAUUCGACUUGUAAUAUAGAUAGAUUGAUCUCCAGCAAGAGCCAUCUGGUAAAAUGUAGCCUUGCUUUUUAAAUUCGAGAUCAUCACAUAUUUAUUGUUAAUUUUUAUUAAUUACUUUACACCACACUAGUUCUGCAAAGCAAAUGAUUUAAUAAUUUAUUUAUGUUACUAAUAUGUAAUAUUAACAGUCAAAUCCUGACAGUGUGAACAGCAAGAGGUCAGAUAAUCUUAAUUAGACUGGAUCUUCUUAUAACAAAAGUAGAACUUUGUUGCUAAUGUAGUAUCACCUACGUUCAGGAUAGCUUGGUGUGAAGCAGCAAUUUGUUAACGCAUUGCUAAUUGAUCUGUCUUUUUCCGAAUACCCGUAAUCUCUAAUGAUAAUUAUAUUUACUUUCUUUCUAAUAACUGCGGGACAUGUUGAACAAAAGCUGCAUCAUAACAAUUAUGAUUGCUUAUUAGUUAACAGUGAAAUUAGUAUAAUACCACAGUCAUUAUUGAAUCGUGAUCACAUUUGUAUAAUAAUAAUAAUUACCAUACACAGUCAUAAUGUUGCGUGCAAUUGACACACCAAAUAGUCUAAUUUUUUGAUAAUAUUAAUAAUAUAAGCAACAAAGAGUGUACAAUACUAUAACUUAGACAUAACUCUUAGUCAUAUACACCUACCAUAAAUGUGUUUUUAAUUUGAACAAAAUUAUUACAUUAUACUACGCGCAUUACAUGUAGAUAGCUGAACUUUGGUUUUAAAAAUAAUAAUAGUCAUUUUAGGUAACACAGAAGAGAAAAAAGAAUGCUCGAAGAAAAACUUUUGGUGUCACUACGACUACACAUAAUGAAUUACUAUAUCAAGACAAUUCUUGCUCUCUACAACUCAAUAUAGUAAACAUAUUCCUUUUCUUCAAUCACAUCUAAGCUAUUAUUUUAUUUUUGAGUUUGAAUACCUUUUUUGAAUGUCUACUAUAUUAAUUUCAUUUUAUUCCCAUGUUCUACUAGACAUAUAAUUUGAAUGAAAAGAAAUCUUGAAAUAUCUUCAACACGUGUUUGAGUAUCAAAUUUUAUUAUUGGUAUCGCGUUUAAUAUAAAUUUAUAAUUUGAGGCAGUUGGCUAAAUAACAUGGCAGCAUGUUGCUUCGUACCAAAAGAUUUAUCCAGAAUUAUCUGCAACAUCAAACGAUAAAAAAAAGAUGUAUCAACGUUUGUUCUUGCUAGUAUUUUUUAUUUCUACUUUGGUUUUUUAUUUGUACUACGUACUGUAUUCCAAUUGACCGCGUGCUAAAAAAAAUUAAAGGGACUCAAAGAUGCGGUAUUAUUGAUUGGUCAGUUUUAUUUUUAUCUCUUAAUUUUUUCUUUCUGUUUACCAUAUGAGUGUAUGUUAUCAAUAAUUGCUACUAGUAUUCAUGAAAUACCUGGUAUAUAAAUCCUAAAUCAUAUUUUACCAGAUUAUUGUAAUGCGCAAACUCUAUAUAAAUGUAAUAUCAGCAUGUGUUUGAUUAGUGAAAAACAUUUUGAAACCAACUUAAGCAUAGGUCAUAUAAUUGGUCAGAGGUCAAUCAAUUUUAAGUUGCAUACUUGAUUGCAUAAUUUCAAUUACGUAUACAAAAAAUAAUACGAAAUCAUAAUGAUGAUGAGAAAAUAAACCAGUAUCAAAAAUGGAUAGAAAUUUUUUUAAAUAUGCAGAGAUAUGUACUCUAAGUAUAAUCGAUUGUGCCUCUGAAAAAUACCUCCGAAUGAAUCAAUUAUGUUUUCAAAUCAUUAUCUAUAAGGCGUGUCUAUAUAAUAGCCAUUGGCAACUAUAAGCAUGUAUAUACAUGAUAAAUAUAAUAAUAAACCUAGAAAGUAAUUAUCAAGAAGAA